AUGGCCACAACAUCAGCAGUCCACAUUCAGGAAUCAACACCCACUGCUUCCUCCAACGAUGAUUCACGGCACAUCUACACCGUCGCCGCCAAGUCCCUCCAAGACUGUGUCGAACUCCUCCAGUCCCUAAAGGCCGCUAUGGCAGUCGAAGCACAGGAAGCACAAGAAGCACAGGAGCAGGAACAACAACGUCUACAGAAACGGACCAACGGCAACGGAACCCACAAGAACGGUGGUGAUAAUUCGACUCCUGUGGGCAAGUCGAUGAGGGACAUCCAUCAUAUGAGUCGGUCCGCCUCGCAGGAAGCUGAACAGGACCCAGACAGCUCGGUCGCCGCAGGAACUAGUCCUGCUCUCUCCAAGCCGCCUCGUGCUGCUUCUUCUCUUCCUCAGGCGAUCACACCCUGCCCACGGUCAGAGAUGUACACCAAACCCUCUGUCCUCGCAUGCCAAGGAACCAUCGGAAAACAUGUCCGCCAUCUCCACGACCAUUACCGUCUCUUACUCGCUACUUUCCCACCUGCCCAGGGUCUAUCUCAGGAUCGUCAAUGGUCAGUGGAUUACGACAAGCGAUCGCGUGAGGUUCCAAUGGAGUCGGACAUUGACUAUGCGAUUGGGGAACUAGAAAGUCUCCAGGUCAGGCUGGAGAGGCAUGUAGCGAGUAUGAAUCUGGACUCAUCCCAAAAGCAUCAUAACGGCACAACAGCAACAACCUCAGAACAGGAUAUCGCCAUGCCCAACGAUCUUCUACAACCUGUGACAUUGUUUGCAACGAUUGAUCCCACCAAAGGACCCGUCAGCUUCCAGUCAACCUUUGGACGAGAGCUCUGGUUCUGUAGUCUACACGCUGUUCACCACUUUGCGAUGAUCAAGGUCAUUUGCGCCGAGUUUGGUAUGCCCUUGACAGAAGGCUUUGGCGUAGCACCCUCAACCCUCAAGAGUAGGAUGCAUAAGCAAUGA